AUGUAUAUACGGAAGGUGAUAAUCAGUGGAUUCAAAACCUACAAGAACAAGACUGAGAUUGACAACUUUUCUGCGCAUCAUAAUGUUGUGGUUGGGCUCAAUGGCUCGGGCAAGUCGAAUUUCUUUGCAGCGAUCAGGUUUGUGCUUAGUGAUGACUAUACCAAUUUGAAGCGGGAGGAGAGAAGAUCUCUGAUCUACCAAGGCACGUCGUCUGUGAUGUCGGGUUAUGUUGAGAUUGUGUUUCAUGAUGCAGAAAACAGAACGUUGUUAGGUAUCCCCGAUAGUAACGGGGCGAUUCGUAUCAGAAGGACUGUGGGUUUGAAAAAGGACGAGUAUAUGAUCAAUAACAAAAAUUCUAGUCGAAGUGAUGUUCAGCGGCUGUUGGAGUCUGCUGGGUUUUCUACAUCCAAUCCCUACAAUAUUGUUCCGCAAGGCCGGAUCGUGUCGUUGACUAAUGCCAAGGACCGCGAGCGGCUGCAGCUGUUGGAGGAGGUUGUUGGUGCCAAGUCGUUUGAGCGGAAGUUGAAGGAAUCUUUGCAGCGGAUGGAUGCCACCGAGAAGAAUAGGGAGAAGAUUAGGAUAGAAUUGCAGGAGGUGGAGGAUAAGUUGAACGAGCUGAACGAAGAGCGUGAAGAGUUGGAAACAUACAACGAAUUAGAUAGGAGCAGGAAAAUGUUCCAGUUUACGCUGUACGAUCGUGAAUUAAACGAGAUUACCAAUUUGAUUGAGAAGUUGGAUGGUGAAUACAACAACACUUUAGUGCUGUCUGAGCAGUACAUAGAAGAACUGGAUAAGAGAGAAAUAUUGAUUGAGUCCUUGAAUAAGAAAUUAAACCAAACCAACUCUGAACUGAAAAUUAAGGAAUCCACUGAAUUACAGCAAGCCAAGGAUGCAGAUGCAGAGGUCUCUAAAAGGCUAGCGGAUCUUCACGUCAAAAACGAAGAUUUAAAGUUGCAAUGUCAGACUAUACAACAGCAGUCUGUUACUGAUUCGGAGAUGCUAUCCUCUAUCAAUGCUCAAAUCGAAGCUAAGGAAUUGCAGCUGAAGAAAUUUGAACCCAGGUUUGACGAGUUAACCAAGGCGGAAUCAGAAAUGAAGGCAAACUUCAUAUCAUUGCAGCAAAGACAGAGGGACUUACUUUCGAAACGAGGCAAGUACGCCAAAUUUAAAAAUAAGGAUGAAAGAGAUUCGUGGCUCAACCAGGAGAUUUUGGUCCUGGAAGAGGCGUUGGCAUCUUCCAAGGCAUCUCGGGAAUCUUUAGAGGAGGAACGUGCGAAAAUAGCCGCAGAUAUUGCUGCCUUAGAUGAGCAGAUAGUAGAACUGAUGGAUUAUGUGCAAGGUCCUGGUAUUACUGCCGAGUUGGAAGAUCUGCAAAAUGAAGUUAUAUCAAUGAAGAAAACUUAUCUUUCUAAAAUUGAUGAACGUAAGGGACUUUGGAGGACGGAACAAAAAUUGCAAUCAGUAUUUGAAACACUCGUGGAAGAGGUUAAGAGAUCAGAAGGAAAUCUCAAUGAAAUAAUGGAUCGUAAUUUGGCGAUUGGCCUCCGGAAUGUUACUGAGAUUGUACAACGGUUAAACUUGCCUGAAGGGUCGGUGUUUGGUCCUCUAGGUGAAUUAAUUAAAGUCAGUGAAAAAUACAAAACUUGUGCUGAAGUAGUUGGGGGAAAUUCCUUGUUUCACGUUGUUGUUGAUACGGAGAAUACUGCUAGUUUGAUCAUGCAAGAAUUAUACAACUCUAAAGGUGGAAGAGUGACAUUCAUGCCAUUGAACAGGAUUUAUGUCGACCCUAAUAUACAGUACCCUUCCAACGAGGAAUAUAACUGCACACCAUUAAUCAAAAAAAUUAAGUUUGACGGCAAAUUCGAAAAGGCUGUGAAGCAUGUAUUCGGCAAAACUAUUGUUGUAAAGGAUUUACUACAAGGCUCUAAACUGGCCAAACAAUUCAACUUGAAUUCAGUAACGCUAGAUGGCGACAAAGCAGAUAAUAAAGGAGUAUUAACAGGGGGGUUUCAUGAUCAGUACAAAAAGAAAAGACUUGAUUCUUUGAGGGAAUUAAGGUCAGCUAAAAGUGAGCAGAAUAGUACCCAAAGUCAGUUACUGGAGUUGAAAGGUCUACUUCAAACUAUUGAUGAAGAGAUAGAUCGUUUGAAUAACAGCAUUAAGAAAUCAAUGAAUAAAAAGGAAGCUGUUCUGACAGAUUUAGAGUCUAUGAAUUUGAAAUUAGAUAGGUUAAAAAGAGAAAGAUCGUUGCUACAGGAGACAUCAUCUCAGCUAAUAUCCAAACUAGAGAAAUAUAUCAUCAAUGAAAGGUUAGCCCAAGAAAAGCUUGAAAGAUAUGCUAGCGACUUGGAAACGCCAUUUGAAACGGAAUUGACGCUAACGGAAAGGGAGGAAUUAAAUUCAAUCGCUAAAAAAUUGUCUAAUUUACAAAACGAUUUGAAUGUCACUACUGAAGCGUUGGGUCAUAUAGUUACAAAAAUUGAUUUGUUAAAAGCAGAGAUUGACUCUAAAUUGAAGCCUCAAGCUAGGGAGUUCGAAUGCAGGCCUCAUGAUACAGACUAUACUGCAUUAGCUGAUGUUCAUAAACAAAUUGCUUCUGUUGAAAGUGAAAUCUCCGCCUUAGAGGAAUCCCACAAGCAUGCAACUGCUGAAUUGAAAAAGACCAUUACACUCAUUCAGAGUUUGAAAAAAGAAAAAGAGGGAGAUGAGAAGACGUUAGAUAAAGCAAAUUCACAGCAACGUGCAUUAUUGAAGAAAAUAGGCAACUAUCAGAAGGAUGCUGAAAAGUCCAUGGUAAGAAAGAAAACGUUGAUUGCAAGACGUGAUGAAUUGCAACAGAAGAUCAGAGAUAUAGGGUUAUUACCAGAGGAUUCUUCUGAUAAAUAUAAGAACUUGAGUAGUACCGAGUUGUUGACCCGGCUGGGGAAGAUUAAUGAUGAACUUUCACAGAUGACUAAUGUUAAUAGAAGGGCAUUAGAAAACUUUAAGAAGUUUGAUGAGAAACAGAAAGAUGUUAUUAAACGAGCAAAAGAAUUAGAUGAAUCGAAGAAGUCGAUUGAAGAGCUAAUUGAAAAGCUAAAAGGACAAAAGGUUGAAGCCGUGGAAGUCACUUUUAAAAAAGUAUCUGAAAACUUCACUAAAUUGUUCGAGAAAAUGGUUCCUAGAGGCACGGGUCGAUUAGUUAUUCAUCGUAGAGCAGAUGAAAAGCAAGAACCACGCUCCAGAAACCAGAAAAAAAGGAAACAAGAUCAACUAUAUGACUUCGAUAAUGGAGAUGACAAUGAAGAUUCUGUAUAUUCUGGGGUAUCUAUUGGGGUAUCUUUCAAUUCUAAAAAGGACGAACAAUUGCACGUUGAGCAGCUUUCUGGUGGACAAAAAACAGUAUGUGCUAUUGCAUUAAUUCUCGCUAUUCAAAUGGUUGAUCCAGCUCCAUUCUAUUUAUUUGAUGAAAUUGACGCGGCAUUAGACAAACAGUAUCGUACUGCUGUUGCAGCAACCAUUAAAGAGCUCUCCUCAGAAGCUCAAUUCAUUUGCACGACUUUUAGAAGUGACAUGAUUGGUAUCGCUGAUAAAUUCUAUCGUGUUAAAUAUGAAAACAAAAUUUCUACUGUUGUAGAGGUUACUCGAACAGAUGCCUUGCACUUUGUCAGUGGUAAGGACAAGGGUGAUCGGUUCAGCCAUCAUGUAAUUGGUCAAUAA